AUGCCGAUAAGAAGUGCUAGUUUAAAAGGACGCAAAAGCCUAAAUAAUAAUAAUUUUGAUUUCACAUGGUUAGACCAAACAAAAGAUGAAUUUGUUACUCAACCACAUAAUGAAUCAGAUGAAAAUAACUCAUCCAGCCCAAAAAAGACACCGGAGAGUGUAAGGAAUGUGGAUAAUACUCCUGAAUUGCCUGCACAGGAAAGAGAAGAAUUCACUGACAAUACUAUAACAAAUGAAACGAAAAAAAGGCAAUAA